AACGCCGAAGAGCGACGAUGAGGACAAGAAUAACGAUGAACUGGGGUCCUGGUAUCAGGCCGGGUCGGGGAGCCCCACCCAUAUCGAUAAGCUCCGAAAAAAAGAUUCGACCAACAGCGCCACUACCUACACCACCAGGCUUCCUACACUUCUUUUUCCUUGGUAAACAGAGACGGCAGCCGAUCCUGCGUCUUUCCAACACCCGACGACCGCCACAAUGCCCUCCACAUACAAGAAGGAAAAGCCGUGGGAUACGGACGAUAUCGACAAGUGGAAGAUCGACGCCUUCACCCCCGCCGACAACGCCGGCGGCACCUUUGCCGAAGAGUCGUCCUUUGCGAUCGUCUUCCCCAAGUACCGCGAAGUCUACCUCAAGGAGGCAUGGCCUCUCGUCACAAAGGCCCUCGAGAAGACGGGCAUUGCCUGCUCGCUCGACUUGAUUGAGGGCUCCAUGACCGUCAAGACAACAAGAAAAACGUUUGACCCCGCUGCCAUCCUCAACGCCCGUGACCUCAUCAAGCUCCUCGCUCGAAGCGUCCCCGCGCCCCAGGCGCUCAAGAUCCUCGAAGACGGCGUCGCUUGCGACAUCAUCAAGAUCCGCAACCUGGUGCGCAACAAGGAGCGCUACGUCAAGCGCCGGCAGCGUAUUCUUGGUCCCAACGGCUCUACCCUCAAGGCCCUCGAGCUGCUCACCCAGACCUACAUCCUCGUCCAGGGCAGCACGGUCUCUGUUAUGGGGCCAUUCAAGGGCCUGAAGGAGGUGCGCCGCGUCGUCGAGGACUGCAUGGCCAACAUCCACCCCAUCUACCACAUCAAGGAGCUCAUGAUCAAGCGCGAGCUCGCAAAGGACCCGGAACUCGCCAACGAGAGCUGGGACCGUUUCCUGCCCAACUUCAAGAAGAAGACGCUUAGCCAGAGACGCGUGCCCCUCAAGGUCACCGACAAGAGCAAGAAGGUCUACACCCCAUUCCCGCCCGCUCCCGAGAAGAGCAAGGUCGACAAGCAGAUCGAGACGGGCGAGUACUUCUUGGGCAAGGAGGCCAAGGCCAAGGCCGCCCAGGCCGAGCGAAUGGAGCAGCAGAAGCAGAAGAAGGAGGAGAGGCUGCGCGAGAGGGAAAAGGAGUUUGUACCGCCCGAAGAGCUCGGCCACAAGAGAAAGAAGAGAAAGAAGAGCGACGGCGAAAACGACGACGAGUAAGGGGCGCGGGCCGGAGCGGUAGUGGUGCGAGACGACGUCGUGGAGGAGAGCGUGUGCGUGUGCGUGUUGUAGACUCGAGUAGGUGCCUCACGCAUCUAGGCAGAUGGGGGGUCGCCACGUACACAGGUGAAGUGUCGGCUCACCCAAGAUACCCUUCCAUUCAUGAGAGUUCAGGAAUCUUCUCGCAUGUACACUGGCGAUCUGCG